UUUAGCCAUGUCAGGGUCGGCGGGGUCUGGAGGAGCGACCGGCUCGGCGCGCAAGCGGCUGAUGAAGGAGGAGGACAUGACGAAAGUAGAGUUCGAGACGAGCGAGGAGGUGGAUGUGACGCCCACCUUCGACACCAUGGGGCUCCGGGAGGACCUGCUGCGCGGCAUCUAUGCCUACGGUUUCGAGAAGCCCUCGGCCAUCCAGCAGAGAGCCAUCAAGCAGAUCAUCAAGGGGAGAGACGUGAUCGCCCAGUCACAGUCAGGAACAGGAAAGACAGCAACGUUCUCCAUCUCUGUUCUGCAGUGUCUGGAUAUCCAGGUCCGGGAGACCCAGGCGCUGAUCUUGGCACCCACUCGGGAGCUGGCUGUGCAGAUUCAGAAGGGCCUUCUUGCUCUGGGAGACUACAUGAACGUGCAGUGCCAUGCCUGCAUCGGGGGCACCAACGUGGGCGAGGACAUCCGAAAGCUGGAUUAUGGGCAGCAUGUCGUGGCUGGCACCCCAGGCCGUGUCUUUGAUAUGAUCCGACGGCGGAGCCUGAGGACUCGUGCCAUCAAAAUGCUGGUUCUGGAUGAAGCAGAUGAAAUGCUCAACAAGGGUUUUAAGGAGCAGAUUUAUGAUGUGUAUAGAUACCUGCCUCCAGCUACCCAGGUGGUUCUGAUCAGUGCCACUUUGCCUCAUGAAAUUCUGGAGAUGACCAACAAGUUCAUGACGGAUCCCAUCCGCAUCUUGGUGAAGCGUGAUGAGUUGACCCUGGAAGGCAUCAAGCAGUUUUUUGUGGCUGUGGAGAGGGAAGAAUGGAAGUUUGACACCUUGUGUGACCUCUACGACACCCUGACCAUCACCCAGGCUGUCAUCUUCUGCAACACCAAGAGAAAGAGGUUGAACAUUUGUCUUUGGGAUGUGCCCAGCUUAAAGACCUGCCUGCAGGCAGAGCAGGAAGUGCCCUUUCUGGAGAGCUAUCAGGUAGACUGGCUCACAGAGAAGAUGAGAGAAGCCAACUUCACAGUGUCCUCCAUGCACGGGGACAUGCCACAGAAGGAGAGGGAAUCCAUCAUGAAGGAGUUCAGAUCUGGUGCAAGCCGAGUCCUUAUUUCAACAGACGUUUGGGCUCGGGGCCUGGACGUGCCUCAGGUAUCCCUGAUCAUUAACUACGACCUCCCCAACAACAGAGAGCUCUACAUCCACAGGAUCGGCCGCUCGGGCAGGUACGGCCGCAAGGGUGUCGCCAUCAACUUCGUGAAGAACGACGACAUCCGCAUCCUGCGGGACAUCGAGCAGUACUACUCCACCCAGAUCGACGAGAUGCCCAUGAACGUUGCUGAUCUUAUCUGAAGGUCCAGGCCCAUCAGUGAGCUGCACUCACAGUUUGGUAGCCUCCAUGGCUCCUGUUUUAGCCCUAGGCCUUCUUUUCACCUUGCUGGUUCUUGAGUGGAGCUGCCCUUGGGAACUCGUGUAAAUAAUGUCUUUACUUUUACCGCCCCUUCCCUGUGU